AUGACCCAGCGUCAACAAGAAAUCACAGAUGGCAUUGAUACUGUUGCGUGGUUGGCAGCAGAAAUUAAACCGGCCGCUCUUACUAUCGAAGAAAUUGAAGCAGCAACUAAAAGUGACGAUGAACUCCAAGCCGUAAAGGAUGCGAUAUUCUCCGGUCACUGGGACUCGGUUCCAGCAGAAUUUAGGACAGCAACGAUAAAAGAUGACCUGACCACAUUCGGUGAACUCGUUCUACGAGGAGAUCGUAUCGUUAUUCCGAAGGAACUGCGUGAUAAGCUAAUUGAGCUGGCUCAUUCUGGUCACCAAGGGUGUACCGCUAUGAAGGCCCAGCUUAGAGCAAAAAUAUGGUUUCCCCUGAUGGAUAAAGCUGUAGAGAACUUCGUGCGACGCUGUAAACCCUGUACAAUGACGGGGAUCCCGGACAGUCCAAAUCCCAUGCUUAGACGUAGACCAACAGAACCCUGGCAGGAUGUCGCGAUCGAUUUUAAAGAAGGAUUGGUAGGUGGUUUGUCGUUACUAGUGGUAGUAUGCUAUACAUCGCGGUUCAUUCAGGUUGAACCUAUGAAACCUGCAACAGCUCAACGGGUAAUAGCGGCAUUACUCCGAAUGUUUAGUACCCUGGGUAUUCCGCGAUCGAUAACAGCAGAUAAUGGGCCACAAUUCAGGGCAGAUGAAUUUGCUCGCUUCUGUGUUAGUUACGGUAUUCAUUUGAACUUGUCCACUCCCUACUGGCCCGAACAGAACGGGGCCGUUGAACGCUAG